UUUAGCUCCACUCAUCAGUCAAACCUGAUUUGUUCGUCUCAACCAAUCGUAGCUCUGGCUGGUGAUGAUGUCGUUCUACCGUGUCGCCUGGAUCCUCCCACCACUGCCACUUUCAGGGCCGUGGAGUGGACCAGACCUGGUUUAGACCCAGAGUACGUCCAUGUCCACCAAGACGGCCGACUGGCCUAUCAGGGCCAGAACCCUCAGUUUAAAUACCGCACGACUCUGUUUGUGGAUCAGCUGAUCAACGGAAACGUCUCCCUGAAACUCCUCAGAGUGAAAGUCUCUGAUGCAGGAAAAUACAGAUGUUUCAUUCCUUCAUUAUGGAAGGAAGCCUUCAUCCAAGUCACCGUUGGUGCCGUCUCCUCACCGAUCAUCAGCUUAAUGAGAACUGACAGUGGAGUGGUUCUCCAGUGUGAGUCUUCUGGCUGGUAUCCAGAGCCUGAGGUGUUGUGGCUGGACGGUGAGGGAAAGCUCCUCUCUGCUGGACCUACGGAGACAGUCAGAGGUCCUGAUGACCUCUAUACUGUCAGCAGCAGAGUGACUGUGGAGAAGAGACACAGCAACAGCUUCACCUGUAGAGUCCACCAGAAGGACACCAACCACACCACAGAGACACAUUUUCAACCUUCAGCUGAUCAUUUUGAGGCUUCGUCUAGGUCUGCUGUUCCUAUCGGCGUUCUAGUGGCUGUUUUGUUUAUUGUCAUCAUUGCAGCAGCUUUUGCUGUGUGGAAAAGGAGACGAAACCAAACUAAAGAGAGAUUGUUAAAAGUGGUGAGGGAGAGGAAGGAGGCAGCUGAGAAGCAGAAGGAGAAACUAGAUGAACAACUGAAGAAGAGAAAGAAACAACAAGACGAGAAUCAGAGCAAACUUCUGUCAGAGAGAGAGGAAGCUUGA